CUCUCGGCAUCAUCUGGAACUAAACUAAGUACUGUAUCAUUAUAAUUAGACCGAUCCGGAGCUCCCCUCCCAGGGACAGCUUCCCCUCUUGCUCUCGAGACCCCGGAUUAUGUAUUUGAUGCAUUGCACGACCUUUACUUGCUCACUUGUACACUGAUCUGCCAGGAUGCUUUCUCUGAGGCCUAGACUACGUCUUUCUUCUGUCCUUCGGAAGGCAGCUCCCAUCCGUUGUUAUUCGACAGAGCCACGGCUGACGUCGAACCAUGUUCGCAUCGUCGAAGUCGGAGCGCGCGACGGGCUACAGAACGAAAAGACAUCGAUUCCUCUGGAGACGAAGAUCCAGCUGAUUGAGAAGCUAGCCAAGACUGGAGUCACUACAAUAGAGGCUGGCUCUUUCGUGCCGGCGAAAUGGGUGCCACAGAUGGCAAGCACUUCAGAGAUAUUGCAACAUAUCAUCAAGUCUCCACCGCAAGCUAAGAACGAGAUCGCGUACAACUACCUUGUUCCCAAUAUCAAGGGACUGGAGAACCUGGUCAAAGUUAUGGAGGCUGAAGGCGCGUCGGCCCAGAUUCCUGGGACUGCUGAAAAGCCGCCUAUUACGACAGAGAUUUCUCUGUUCGCGGCAGCUACAGAGGCUUUCUCCAAGGCAAACACGAAUUGCUCCAUUGCAGAGUCCCUGGAGCGAGUUCGUCCGAUCGUUGCGCUAGCAAAGACGAAGAAUAUCCGGGUGCGUGGAUACGUCUCGGUUGCCCUGGGCUGUCCAUACGAAGGCCCAGAUGUGCCACCUUCCAAAGUAGCGGAGAUCACAGCGACGCUGCUCGAGAUGGGAGCAGAUGAGGUUUCUGUUGCUGACACCACGGGCAUGGGCACCGCACCACGGACCCUUGAACUCCUGCGAACGCUCAGUGCGGCUGGCAUCGCGAAUAGUGACCUCGCGCUUCACUUCCACGACACCUAUGGCCAGGCGCUCGUGAACACAAUGAUUGCGCUCGAGCAUGGUAUCAGGACCUUUGACAGCAGUGUUGGAGGACUUGGCGGGUGCCCUUACUCUAAGGGUGCCACUGGAAACGUGGCGACGGAGGAUCUUGUCUAUACUCUCGGCAGUCUAGGCAUGCAUACAGGCAUCAACCUGGAAGAAAUGUGUAGAAUUGGCGACUGGAUCUCCAAGGAACUGGGUCGAGCUAAUGGUAGCCGAGCGGGCAAGGCGAUUCUGUCACGGCUGCAGGAGCAAGAGGCCCAGGCCUAGUUGCUCAGAGCCCUAGUCAGAAUUGAAGGGAAAGGCUUGUUUGGCCUCUUGCUCUUGGAGCACGCAUUUCGGGCGUUCACUGUUCCUGUCUGCCUGUAUACUUAUUUUGUUUAUGUAUAUAGCCCUCGUCUACGCAUUAUGAAAAAUGGCAUAUUCUUAAGAAACAAGC